ACCUGCGGCACUCAAGCUGUUAGAAAAUGCAACAAUGAAAGAGAGUAUGAGUUUAGAAGUCUGUGUUGAGUGGCAGUUGCUUGUAUGGUUCAGGAAUGGCACGUGACCUACUUGAUCGGGAAGCUGCCUGGUUGCACUUUUGAGCUUCUUGUUGACAUCCUUCUCGAAACCCAACGUCAUCUCACAGCUUUUGGCUCAAGAAUCAGUCUUGAGGAGGGGGAAAGAACGAACUUCCCGUACUGGUAAAAAAGGAAACAGUGUUCGAUAUGGCUAGUCAUGGAAUCCCCCGCCAUAGCUCACUCGAGGCGACCGGUGAAGCUCGCCAACAAGAGCUCCGCAGGAUCGAGCAAUAUCGUGAAUUAGAACAUGCUGUUCGAAAAGAGAUCGCCGCUUGUCAAUAUACGCCCCAGACUUUGCAAAGGCUAUCCGAGCUGUUGAAAAAAAACCCCGAAUAUUACACCAUGUGGAAUUAUCGGCGCCGAGUGCUUCAGCAUGAAUUUUCCCAAGCAGUCCCUGAGGGUUCAACAGAAGCCGACAUGGACCGAAUCAAGACUUUAAUUCAAACAGACCUGCAAUUUCUGAUCCCGCUUUUGCGUAGCUUUCCCAAAUGCUACUGGAUCUGGAACUACCGUCUGUGGCUUCUGGACGAAGCCAAACGCCUUCUUCCCAGAACGAUUGCCCGUAAAGUAUGGCAGGAAGAGCUUGCCCUGGUAGGUAAGAUGCUUAGUCUGGACAGCCGCAACUUUCAUGGUUGGGGUUACCGGCGCUUUGUGGUAGAGACUUUGGAGACCCUUUCUGCGCAAGAAGAUAACGAGAAGAAUAUGACCGAGGCGGAAUUUGAAUAUGCAAAGAAGAUGAUCGGCACCAACCUCUCUAACUUUUCUGCCUGGCAUUAUCGAACUAAACUGAUCCAGCGGUUACUUAGCGAGAAAUCAGCGAGUGACGAAGAGCGAAAGCAGAUUCUCGAUGAUGAGCUGGAACUUAUCCAUCGUGCCUUGUGUGACCCAUAUGACCAGUCAUUAUGGUUCUACCACCAGAACCUGAUGUGUACCUUUGACCCCACCAAGGCAAGCCAGACAAUGGCGCCAAAUUUGACGAAAGUAGAACGGCUAGAAUACGUUCGCCGGGAGAUCGAGGAAAUCCAGGAAAUGCUGGAUGGGGCGGAGGAUUGCAAAUACCUGUACCAAGCGCUUAUAGAUUGCACCCUGUUGGCUGCGAGGGUGGAAGGGUCACUACCAGAUGGAGCUCAAAAGGCGCAAGUUUUAGAGUGGUUGUCUGAGUUGAAGAAGCUAGAUCCUCUAAGAUCGGGAAGGUGGCGAGAGUUGGAACAGGCGCUGUGCAGUUAGAAGUCCAUCCCUUGCCUCGGGUGAGUGGAUUUUGUAUAGGUAAAUUGAGAUUUGGGAAUUGGGGUACGGGGAAAUCGCGAUCCUUGUUCAUGAUAAGAGAAUUUCUCAUUUGUCUGUUCCAGCGAGGGAGGUAGAGGGAAAGGCUGGACCGAAGCACGCUUAGACCGAGAACAGGGAUGUAUAAACACUGGAGGCGGCGUGUUCCUGGCUAGUUCACUGCUGGGCCGUGGAGUACGUGCGGUUAUGCGCUACCUCCCCAUUCUCGACCAGGGAUGCCGCAAUGCAGUGAGGUGCCACGCAGGGCACCUCCUACUAUAAGACCAGCCUGUGAAUUGAGGCUAGCAAUGAAAUUGGCUGCAUUGGUGAAUCAGAGCCAGUAAUGUGAAAAGAAGCACAGGAGGCCUCGGGAUAGACGUGGUGCCAA